UUCGGGUUGACUGGAGCUCUACCCGGGCCAACCAGACCCGUGUCCACUAUCAGUAACGCAGCACGCACACCGUUUCUCAACUUUCAAUUGCAUUUGCCUUGCUUUGAGAAUAUGAAUGCUCUUGGCGGUGGCGGCCAUGGCGGCCUCUGGGGUUGGAACUACUCAUCACCCAGAAAACCGAAGCAGCAAAGAAAACGCCCAUUUGAUUCCAAAUCCCAGUCUUCCUCCAAAUCUGAGGACGCAACCGGAAGAGCAGGUCACUGGUUUCCGUUAAAGCAAGCCGCCACGGCUGGCACACUGGCUCUGACGGGAGAUACAAUUGCCCAGCUCACACAGCGCUGGAGAAAAGCAGAGGCGGAAAACCAACAGGAUGUAACACAUGCUCUCCUCUCACACCAUGAUUGGCUUCGUGCACUGCGGAUGACUUCCUAUGGGUUUCUUUUGUACGGCCCUGGUUCUUAUGCUUGGUACCAGUAUCUUGAUCAUUCUUUGCCUGCGAAAACUGUAGAGAACCUACUGCUGAAGGUUUUGUUGAAUCAAAUUGUGCUUGGUCCAUGUGUGAUUGCUGUUGUUUUUGCAUGGAACAAUUUAUGGCAAGGGAAACUCUCACAGCUUCCAGAGAAGUAUCGAAUAGAUGCUCUUCCCACCUUACUUUAUGGAUUUAGGUUCUGGAUACCUGUCAGUUUAUUGAAUUUCUGGGUGGUACCUCUUCAAGCUCGUGUAGCUUUCAUGUCCGUGGGUUCAAUUUUCUGGAACUUCUGCUUGUCUUCAACUAUGAGCAAGUAGCAUCUGUGCAUUUUAUCAACAAUUGUAUCAGCAAGCAGAACUUUGGCCACGAGGUUGGUUUGGAGGUCUGACAUCUGGGAGACCGCUGUUGAGAAGAAAAUGAGGACCAGAAGCAACUUUUUUGUUAAAAAAGAUGAAAUUCAAGCCCUUCGGAUUUGAAGUUUGAUUGUUUAACAACGCGGACCUUGUGAACUGAUUCUUUUUCUGCUAGCUGUAAAAGAAGAAAGGAAAACGGAUACUUUUCUUAACGUACCUGGUCAUUACUCUGAUUUUUGAGCCACUCGGUUGUUGAAAUUGCCUUUAAUUGGGCUAGGUUCCGUUACUUGAACGAAACUAGAUCUUGUGGAAUCAUAUUGAACAUUUGGCAAUGCAUUUUCAACUUUGCUAAAA